UUUUUAUCAGUACCGAUAAAAUAGAUGUUGGAUUUCCGAAUAUUCCGUCUUUGGAAAAAAUAGCUAUGUGCAAUUAAUCACGUGAAGGAAUGAAAUUAGGUUUUCCUACAUCUGAUACAAUUUUUUUGUCUAACGACUGUGGUUUUCUUGAAAAUCAGAUGGAUUUAUUGACGAGAGCCGAUACUAGUGGAUAGAUCAAAGUAUCGGUUGAAUUAUCGAGUAUUCAGCAUGUUGAGCGAGCGUUCGCAUACUAGACUCACGGCCUGUCCCAUGUAUUUGUAAUGCAAACGGAAGCGUUAACGUUGGGACCCGUGCCCCGUACCGACCGCGCCGUACCAUUGGACUUCCGACCACCAAGCCGUCAGUGUCAGAAAAUGGCGAAUUUCAAACCGGGAUAAACCCAUGUUCCAGUCUGUUAAGUAAAGGAAAGAAGACAACAUGGAUUCUACGGAACAGAAAAAAGGCUUAGUGGUGGUAUUAUUAGCCAUCAUCUGCGUUUGUUUCGGAUCCUUCCACCCAACACUUGCCCAGAAUGCACCUGCAAGCAAGGUUUACUUCAAUGUCUCAUCAUAUGUAAAUAUCAGCACAGUACUAAAUUUACAGAGCUCUCUAGGAACUUGGCUGAAUUUCAGAACUUGCGAUGAAGGGGAAAUCCUUACCCAAACAGGCUCCAAUGGAGACACUUUCACCCUGUCUGUUAUCCCCUCUGGCUUUGUCAGAGCUACAUGGACGGUCGGGGCAGUUUCAAAGUCAGCAGAUCUUGGGCCCAACUACGCAACCAACACCAAAUGGCUGCUUUUAAGAUUGCAAUUUGCGCUAGGAAGCAUCAUUUUGACUGUGGAUGACAACUCAACGACAUUGGCCUCAGCCUCCAUGAACAGCGAACUUUUGGCGAUUGACUUGUCAGGUGGCAGCGACGUCAUCCUAGGCGUGGAUUUUGUGGGUUGUAUGGAACAAGUUACAGGGCUUCUGCUGGAUUCUGCAACAAGUUGGAGUAACGUAGAGUGGGGUGUCUGCCCACUUGAAAUGCAGCAAGGGUGUCAGCCUCCAGUGCGUAAUCCAUGCUAUACGCAUCCGUGCAAAAAUGAUGGUGUUUGUUACACCAACACACAGGCACCGAGCGGAUACACGUGCGAUUGCACGGCCCGUUACGAGGGUGAAAAUUGUGAGAUUGAUAAAGGGCCACUUUGUAACAAUCCAGCCUACAGCUUGGACUGUCAGAAUGGUGGGAUCUGUUUGGAAGAUGACAUAGGCAACUCCACCUACUGCCAGUGUACAGGGCAAUUUGAGGGUCUUCUCUGUGAGCGCAAUAAAACCUUUGUUUGUAGCAGUGACACGUGCCUGAACAAUGCGACUUGCCGAGCGACCGACACAGGUGUCCAAUGUGAAUGUGCACUAGGUUUCAGUGGUGACGACUGCGGCAUCAAUAUUGACGAGUGUGCUGUCCACCAGUGCCUGAACGGUGGCAGGUGCAUUGAUGGCAUUGAUGGCUACACCUGCAACUGCACAGGAACUGGCUACACUGGGGACCGGUGUUCACAACAUGUUAACGAGUGUGACGUCCAACCUUGUCAGAACAACAGCACAUGUGUGGACACGUCUGGCGGCUUUGUGUGUGUGUGCUCAGUUGGCUGGACAGGGAAGACCUGUGAUACUGAUGUUAACGAGUGCGAGUCAUUCCCUUGCUUGAACGGUGCAACCUGUGUGAACUUGAUCAAUGCGGUAUAUGAGUGCCAAUGUGUCCAAGGAUUCAACGGUACCAACUGUGAGUUGAAUAUUGAUGAUUGUACCUCUGAAGCCUGCCCUCCAACCUUUGUCUGUGUUGAUGGAGUUGAUGCCUUCACCUGUGAAUGCCCGCCUGGAAAAGUUGUGAAUGAAUCUGGCUCUUGUGAGGACUUUGACGAGUGUUCGUUAAACCCAUGUCUAAAUGGAGAAUGUGAAAAUCUGGAUAACAAUUAUCAGUGUACCUGUUCUCCUGGAUUUAACGGCACCAACUGUGAAAUGAACAUUGAUGAGUGCGAUCCCGACCCCUGUCUGAUGAAUUCCACCUGCGUUGAUGGUAUUAAUGGCUUCAACUGCACCUGUCUGCCAGGGUAUAAUGGGGAACUCUGCAACGUGGAUAUUGAUGAAUGUUUACUUCUUCCAUGCCUGAAUAGUGCAACCUGUGUGGAUGGAGUCAACAGCUUCACUUGUGAAUGUGUGCCUGGUUUUGAAGGUGAAAGAUGUGAGAAUAACACCAAUGAUUGUCUACCAAAUCCAUGUCUGAACGGAGCCACUUGUGUUGAUGAGGUGAAUGACUAUACUUGUAACUGCAUCCCCGGCUUUACUGACAAGAACUGUUCAACGGACAUCGAUGAGUGCCAGUCUAAUCAGUGUCAGAACAGUGGUACCUGUGUAGAUCUUGUGAAUGGGUACCAGUGCAAUUGUACCAUCGAUUACGUGGGAGAGAUGUGUGAAAUGCUAUACGAUGCCUGUGACAUCAGGAAACCGUGCCAAAACGGCGCCACGUGCACCACACCUCCAUUGCCGUCACAGGAGUACACCUGCACGUGUGUGCCUGGCUUCAAUGGCACCAACUGCGAGAUCAAUAUUGAUGACUGCUUGGGUCACGACUGUAAUGCAACAUUGGGCCUGGUGUGCUUUGAUGAGGUCAAUGGGUACCGCUGUGCAUGCCCAGUGGGCUUUGAGGGCCCUGUCUGCGCUGAUGAUAUCAACGAGUGCGCAGAGAACCCCUGUGGGAAUAACGGGACGUGUAAUGAUUAUAUAGGUUUCUACAACUGCACCUGUGCUUCUGGCUUUGCUGGGGUAAAUUGUGAAGAAGACAUUGAUGAGUGUAACUCCAACCCUUGCUUAAAUGGAGUUUGUUUUGAUGAUAUUAAUAGUUAUCAGUGUUACUGCCGUCCGGGAUACUCUGGUGAUAACUGCGAAGUAACCCUCAAUGAGUGUGACUCUGAUCCCUGCUUCAAUGGUGCUACAUGCAUUGAUAAACUGAACGAUGUGGAGUGCAAUUGUGUACCUGGCUACACAGGGUCCCGAUGUGAGAUCAACAUCGAUGAGUGUGAUCCAAUGCCCUGUAAGAAUAACUCCACCUGCGAAGAUGGCAUUAACGAGUUCACAUGCAACUGUGCACCGGGCUAUAACGGCACUCUCUGUGAGAUAGACAUUGAUGAAUGUGCAGUCAACCCAUGUAAUCUUGGAAGUUGCAUCGACGGAAUUAACAACUAUACUUGCAAUUGCAGUUUCACUGGAUUCUUUGGACCCCAGUGUGAGAAUAACAUCGAUGACUGUGCACCAAAUCCAUGCUUGAACAAUGCCACCUGUCAGGAUCUUAUCAAGGAUUACAACUGUAGCUGUUGGCAAGGUUAUGAGGGUAAAGACUGCUCCGAAGACAUCAAUGAGUGUCUUGACCCUCCGCCUUGCUUGAAUGGCGGCAUGUGCUAUCAACGAUCCAAUCAGAGCCUGUACAAUGGAAACCACCCCUUGUUUCCUGGAGAGUUCAGUUAUGCCAACGCCAGCGGGUUUGUGUGCCAGUGUGCUCCGGGUUACGAGGGUGAGACCUGUAGCAUUGAUAUUGACGAAUGCGCAGUGGACCCCUGCGCAAAUAACGGCACCUGCGUUGACGGCGUGAACAGCUACACCUGUACUUGUGCCGGUGGAUGGGAAGGCUUGAACUGCACAAUUGAGAUCGAUGAAUGUCUCCCAGAGCCCUGUAAGAACGGGGCUACCUGCAUUGAUCUGAUCGACGAUUAUGAAUGCACCUGCACAGAGGAAUAUGCAGGAAGAAACUGCACCGAGUUACUGACAGGCUGCGUGAACAACACCUGCCUAAAUGGUGCCACCUGUAUACCUUCCUAUGAUGAGACAACAGAUACUCAUAGUUUCACUUGCCAAUGCGCGGCUGGUUACACUGGUAAUUCCUGCCAGACGGACACGUCCGUGUCAUUUGAAAAUGAAUCGUACCUUGAAGAUCGUAGUACCUUUGAUCAUACUACUCUGGAUUACUCUUUGGCUCUUCAGACAACCCUACCGAAUGGAAUUCUGCUUUACUCUGGCCAGAGUCCAAGUGAUAGGUUCUUCUUACUGGAGAUGUUUAAUGGGGACUUGUUUUUGAAAUACACAUCAGGUGGUGUGACAGUAGAAAUUAAUGAUUUUGGACAGGAAAUCAACGAUGGUGUCUACCGCACAGUGAGAGUCGUCGUUACUGCCGAAACCAUUUCUUUAUCUGUGACGGUACCCCAAUCCCGCCGUGCUCGCAGAACGGCAACCUGUGCUGGCGGAGUCUGUGAACAAACAAUUAAUAUUCCAACCAGUACCCAAGUUAGAUUUGGCUACAUGUAUAUCGGGGGUGUUCCUGAUUCUAUUUCAGGAGCUUUCUUCUAUUCUCAAUCAGAAGAAUUCUUCACGGGUUGCAUGCGCGACAUCCAGAACGAGGGAGCUUAUGUUAUGCCGCCCAACACCAGGGCAGCCGUUGCUCCGUCUGGGUGUACCAGGGUUGUUCAGUGCCCUGCUGAUCGGUGCAACUACCGUGGCGUUUGCACAGAUCUCUGGACUACCUUCAGGUGUGACUGCGACAUUGGCUACGCUGGAACCACUUGCAAUGAAAGUUUCAUUCCUGCUACAUUCCGAUUUGAGGAUGCCCCAGAGAGCUAUGCAGAAUUCACUGUUGAUGACACCCUGUCUAGUUCCUCAAGUGCCAUCAGAUUGGCUUUCCGAACCCGCGAACCUGAUGGUUUGAUCUUCUUCACCAGAGACGUAUUCAGCAACAGCCACAUCACAAUUGAGGUGGUGGACGAAACACUGACUGUCACGGCAUCUCGGAACAGCAGCCCUACCUCAGUAAUCUUAGGCCAGGGACUGUCCAAUGGACAAUACCACUUUGUUUCAGUGACAGCCGAUCAAACUGAACUCAGGGUAAUCCUCAACCCUGGGGAGUCUGAACUUACAGACACCAAAGCGUUAAUGAGUGGAGAUCCAGAUUUUGUGGAUUUCAGUGUUGGCGGAGUGGCUGAUUUUACAGCCCUUGAUCCAGACGCCAUCGUAUCUGACACCUACUUUAAAGGUUGCUUGUGGGACGUCAAGGUUAACAACUACUCCCUCCAGUUUGAGCCCCUAAGCCUCCCCGAUUUCCCCAUCCCCUCCUUUCCCAUGACUACCAACGCCAGCGUCCUGAUCAACGACUGUCAGAGUGACGAUACCUGUGCCGAUUUGCCGUGUGAAAACGGAGGGACCUGUGAGGUAACCUGGAAUGACUUCAAGUGCCACUGCCCAUCAGGUUUUGGUGGUAAGAACUGUUCAGAGUUGACCAUCUGCGCGAAAGAAAAUGUUUGCCCUCCUGAGGCUGAGUGCAAAGACCUCCCAGACGGACAUGAAUGUGUGGUGGACGCCACGUUCAACGGCGUCUCCAGCUUGGUCACGUACACCUCCAACAUCAGUCAGUCCACCGUCCUUAACUCCAUCACCCUAAGAGCUCGCACCCGCAGCGAUGCCGGUAUCAUCUACCACUCCUCCAACAACCUCACCAAUUACUUUGUCACCUUGUACCUGGACCAGGGCAAACCUGCCCUUCGCUUCAACCUUGGCCAGACCGGAGACAUAGUGGAGUUGGUGUCACGGGUCAGCAUCAAGGACGGUUCUUGGCAUGACAUCAAAGUCGAAUUCUCCACUGCCCGGGUAGAAAUCUCUGUCGCUCAAAUAUCAGAAACUAUUGCAAGUGAUAUUCAGUCAGAUUUCCUAGCCUCUGUCAUCACAUCAGAGGGGAGUUCUCCAGUGCACGUAGCGGGAACAACCAUGGUCAACAAUGAUUACUUCAUCAACUACAACCAUUUCAAAGGCUGCCUGGAUGAAGUGCGAGUGGGCGGCAUCCUCCUCCCGUUCUAUAGCCGAGAUACCAUCAACUCCACUAGUGAGGAGCAGUUUGAGGCCACCAUCGUCAACGUCGCGACACCUUGCAUGAGUGAGCCAGGUGUCUGCGACUCCCACUUUUGCAGCAACUCGGGCACCUGCCUGGACGUGUGGAAUGACGCUGAGUGCCAGUGUGCACCCGGCUUCACAGGCGACAGGUGCCAAAUUGACAUAAAUGAGUGCAUGGCCAACCCCUGCGUGAUGGGAUCCACCUGUCGGGAUGAGAUUAACAAUUACACCUGUUUAUGUCUACCUGGGUAUGAGGGGCGUAACUGUGACACCGAAACCAACGAGUGCGAUCCAAAUCCCUGUUUACAGGGUUCAGUGUGCUAUGACGGUGUUGAUUUCUUCAACUGUACUUGCCUGGAUGGUUACACUGGUACCUUGUGUGACGUUUUGAUCAAUGAAACAUGCGCUGGAAAUCCUUGUAAGAAUGAUGCAACAUGCCGAGACACUCCUGGAUCAGAGGUUAAGUUUGAAUGUCUGUGUCCUAAUGGUUUUGAUGGCGAUGACUGCGGCCAAGAAAUUGACUACUGCGUGGCCCACAGGUGUGCCAAUGGUGCCACCUGCAACAGUCUGCGGGACGAGGGAACUUACUCGUGUAGCUGCACAGAUGGGUUCAGUGGAGACCUCUGUGAGAUAAAUGAGGACGAUUGUGGGGGUGUGACUUGCCAAAACGGAGGAAGCUGUGUGGAUGAGAUUAAGGACUAUUACUGCAAUUGCACUGCAGGCUACGAGGGUAAAUUUUGUCAAAAUGACAUCAAUGAGUGUAACCCUAACCCUUGUCAGUUUGGGGCAACCUGUGACGACCUCCUCAAUGAUUUCAACUGUGUCUGUACACCUGGCUUCGAAGGCCAGUUCUGUUCCGUUGACAUAAAUGAAUGCCUUGUUGCCCCAAAUCCCCUUUGCCAAAACGGAGGCAUCUGCAUGAACACUGUAGGAAGCUAUGAAUGUAUCUGUCCCAUGGACACCUACGGCCCCCAGUGCCAGAUCUCCCCUUGUGACCCCUCCCCCUGUGAGAAUAACGCCACCUGUACCACCCAACCCAGGGGGGUGUAUGACUGUCUCUGCCCCCUUGGGUACGAGGGGGUCAACUGCAGUGUUGCUAAUUGUUCCAUCGCGGGUUGUCAAAAUGGCGGCACUUGUCUGCUUGGUGAUGGUAGCUGGGAAUGCAAAUGUGCUGAGUUGGACGCAGGGCCGUUGUGCCAAUAUAAAGGACCUUGUUCUUUGGACAUUGACCCUUGCCUUAACGGCGGGUCAUGUAACCAGACCUUCCAAGAUGAUGGCAGCUUUAGCUACAUGUGUCGUUGCCCCGUCGGCUUCAACGGCACCAACUGCGAGCUGAAAAUCAACUGGUGUGACAGCAACCCUUGUCUUCAUGAGGGCAGCAACUGCACCAGUACAACAGACACAUUUCUUUGCAGUUGUGGACCGGGAUACACAGGCACGUUCUGUGAAAUCAAGUUACCAGACUGUGCCAGCAACCUGUGCCAAAACGGAGCGACGUGCCAAGAUCUAGACUAUGGCUACAAGUGUCACUGUGCUGAUGGUUACAGCGGUGAUGACUGUGAGACUGACAUUGAUGAGUGUGCUGUGGAGCCGUGUGAAAAUGGUGGCAAUUGCACCGAUGCUGUCAAUGAUUUUAUUUGUAACUGCACCGGCACUGGUUACCAAGGAAACACCUGCUCUGAAGACGUUGAUGAAUGCACCACACUCAGCCCUUGUCUCAACAACGGCACCUGUGCCAACUCACCAGGGUCCUUUAAGUGUACCUGCCAGUCUGGUUGGCUUCCGCCCGUCUGCUUCCUCGCUGAUCCAUGUGUCGGGAAGCCUUGUAAGAAUGGAGGAAGAUGUGACUACGCUGUCUCACCGGACGGUCAGUCGGUUGAGUGGAAGUGCGUAUGCUCGGCGGACUAUGACGGUGACAAAUGCGACACGUUCAUUGGAAAUGAGACCAACUGGGCUCUAAUUGGUGGCGUAACAGGCGGGGCGGUCGUUCUCCUCAUCAUUGUCAUUGUCUUAGGGAUCUUCCUGAUCAACGUGAAGAACAAGAGAGCCACCAGGGGCACUUACAGCCCCAGCCGACAGGAGAUCUCCAGCUCCAGAGUGGAGAUGGAUAACAUCCUCAAGUUGCCUCCAGAAGAGAGGCUUAUCUAGAGGUUUCUCAUCAACCUCAUCCCCCACUGAUGGCAAACCCUUUGCUCCAACUAGAAUUGAUCUUUCUUGAGGUAUGUCUGUUGCAUGGAAGCUGGGAUUCAGACUUGUGGUUCCCUAGAAGAUUACACAACAUUGGAUUGGGAAAUUCUGCCAUCUCUUAUUACACAUUUCGGAAACAUCACUAACCUUCAGGAAUGAGGUUGAUGGAGAAGCCGUUUUUGUCAAGCUCCGAGUGGUCCUUAUCAAAUUGUAAAAUAAAACUUGGCAGUAGGCUAUGGACAAAUCCGACAGUCACAAUGAGAAACCGUUACUGCAAGGCCAUCUUGUUUGCACACAGAUGGUACAGACGUGUCACAUUCCUCUCCAGCUAGUGGAGUGUCCUGACUUGUGAAAGUGCGUGUGGGUGCCCAAGUUAAGACGUGUCCAUAAGUGUGAUGGCCCGCAGGAAUGGCCUCUCCUCGGGUUUGUCUAUAGUUGAUGACUGCCACAUUUCAAAUUUAUAUUGCCACCGUAUUAAAAGAUUUCUUAUAACAUCUGGAGAAUGAUCCCUAGUUUCACUAACCCAAUGCAGCAUUUACUUUCAAACAUUUUUAUUCAUUUUUAAUACCCACAUUUUACUCAUUUUAUGCAGUAAUCUUUUUUAAGCAGUGGCCAGGUUGUUUUCCCCAAACAAGUUAAACAUGAGUUUUUACUUCGGGUGUUAGAUUCUCUGCAUAAGUUUUAUUUUGUAUAUAAAUAUUUAGUUGAUAUUGUGCAUUUAUUUGCCUUUUCGUUCUUUAAGACUUGGUGUAGAACAAAAUCUUGCAUUCAUACAAACAUUUUUAUCCAGUAUCCCAGAUUAAACUUGUGAAAAAUUGUCCAAUGAAAACAGAUGAAAAAUUACAUAACCCGAAUAACAGACCCUAGAGUGCCUUUUUACCGUCCAAAGCUUUACAAAAUUAAAACCAGCUUGCUAGUUUUUUGAACAUUUUUAAUAAAAAUGUAAAUAUAUUUAUAUAUAUUCAAAGGUAGUUAGUUGGAAUGCACUUUUAAUUAACUAAAUGCUGAGACUUUACACGUGAAAGAUAAGAAAAAUCAACUCAUGCAAAUUGAGCUAUUUGAAUAUGCGUAAUUUUAGAACAGUUGGGAACACUUGUAAUAUGAUUCCAUUUUUGUUGUUUUUAGUUGUAUUUGACCGUUUCUUUCUGUUUUGAUCAACUUGUUGAAGAGGUAGUUGCCAAUAUGCUCUAGAGAUAUUCUCGGAAUGUUCUUUGGGGGAAUUUUUUUCAGGAAGUUAUGUUAAUCGCAUGUUUAAGUAUUACUCAAUAACUAAUUUAUUUAAUCAACACAAAGGAAUACUUGUAUAAUGCUUGUUUACUGUGAAACAUUUUUAUGUUGCUGCCUGUGGUUUUCCCAUUUCUCUGCAUCUCUGUUCUUUCCUAACUUUGAUUGCGCUAAGAAGUCCAGUAUUCUUGCUUAGCAUUUACCGGUUGCUGCUGAACUGUUCAGAGUUAAGUGUGUACUUACAUUCUAACUUACCCUUGCAUAGUUUGAUGAUAACUAGUGCUUUUAAUGUACAGCUUAAGUAGAAUCUUUGAGAGAUUGAGCAUGGUGUGGGUUUAAAACCCUUGGUGUUAUUCAAGUGCAAAGAGCUCUAGAUGUUUUCUUUCUUUUUGUGUUUGCUUAUAAAAUUUUACAGCAGGUGCAGUAGUUGAUUCUGCAUAAUUGAUUGAGAUUUUUUUUCCAGUUUUUCAGUACUGGGAUUGAUGUUCAGGGGCAUGCAUUUUCUCCAAGUUUUGAAACCUGCAGCAGACAGAGAAACAUUUCUCAUUAUCUAAUAUCCCCAUUUUUUUGAUGGAGGUUCAUGUCAGUAGAGGGCAGCAGACAUUGUUUCUGAAAUCAGGUUCGAUCAGGUAGUUGCAGAUUACAAGUACAGCUCAAGCAACUGCAUUCAAACUCAUGUAGUGUACAGUAGAUGGACUUGACUUUUUCUACUUGAUUCUUGUCUGUAGGUUUCAAACUGUUGACAAAUUGCAAUAUUUCCAUACUGCAUAUGAUUAGCAUAUGUCAUUUACAAAUGCACCUGCCAACAGCUCAAAAUAUUCCACAAAAUGGAGAUGCUAUUCUGUACAUUAUGUUCCUCCUAAGACCAAAUAUUGAAUGGUGUGUUUCAUGCUUGCUGAGUUCUUUGAACACGGCACACCACUUUUGUAUGUUUUGUAAUGAUAUAUGCAUGAGAAUGUGUGAAUGAAUGUUUUUGAAAUGAAUAUGUUUGCAUUGGUGUGUGUUCAUUGUAAUCGCCUUUUUUGGCAUAACUUACAGAAACAUCUUUAUGGUGGUCGUUAAAUUAGUUCAGUACUAGAUAAAAGUUCAAGGAUUCACAGAUUUAGAAUUUGUAAGUACAUGUAUUCCGAAGCUCUUUUGGGGAAAGAAGUAAUUAGCAAAUACGUGGUGCUGAUGGAAAUGACCAGUCAUUCUAAUGUCAUUCCAAACAUUCUUUAAAUCAAUGAACUAAAUAAGCCAAUCAGAAUCCUGGAUGAAAACUGAGAAACCUUCCAAAUGGUAGACAAAUCAUUAUAUGACCACUUCUCAGAUUCUCAUUGGUCAACUGUAUAUUGCAUAUUCAUAAUCCUAUGGCAAUUUGUUUUAUUGGUUGGAAAAACAUCAACUGUGUGGGAAUGUGUGAUACACUGUAUACUCACCAAACUGUGGUAAACCUGCCCAUAAUUACAUGUACAUUAUUUGGUUAAAACAUUUUCAUUUAAAGAUGUCACAGUUUGACUGGAAUUUUAAAAUAUAAUUCAUCCACUGACAGUAUUGUACUCUGAGUUAUUCAAGAGACCAGUAGCUUGUGGCUCUAGAAAUCCUCAGAGCUACAAAAAUAACAAUUCUUGGUUUCAGGUUUUAUAUUCUAAGUCUUUUAUAACAGUGGUUGUGCGCUGACAUUUAAGUGGUAAAAAAAAAAGAUAUUUGAUAUUAUUGCAGGGGCGUAGCAAAGAUAUUUUCUUUGGAGGGGGUGUACCAGAGUCAGUUAGCUUACUUGUAACUUGUUUGCCAACCUCAUGUCGUGUAGAAUGGAAAUCCCUGGUAUGCUUGCUACAUUUCAUGCCUAGGGGGAAAUGCCGAUGACCAACAUAUAUCGUUUAUGUACCAAUUUUGGAUUUAUUUGUCGACCGAAGCUCUGUUUACUGACUGGAAUUAAUUUUCGGGGGGUAGUGCACCCCCACACCUCUCUGGUUGCUACGCCCCUGAAAAAAAAAUCUUGAAAACGCCCCUGAUUAUUCUGAAAGACAGUCUGCCAGUGACCUGUCACAUGAGCCUACUACUUGUUAUGGAUAAUAAAUUCGUGUGUUGAAGUAGCUACAGUCAGGAUAAAUUGAUGUGUAAAAUAUUUCAGCUAGUUAUAGGAAAGAUUGAAAAAGUCUCUCUAUACUGUUGGGUUGGGUAGCAUCAUCUUAAACGGUGUUUUGUAGAAAUUUACCAGAAUCAUUUCCAAAGAUUGCUGUUGAGUUAACCUCAUUGCUCAACAUGUCCAACAAAAUUUGUAAGACUACGGUUUAUAAUGGAGAUGUACAUAGAUUGAAUGCAAUAUUCUGUUUUGUUCUAAUUUGCUGUAACGGGAAUAUAUUUUAGUAUGGAGAAAUCUUUCCAAGGUUUGAAAUAAGAUGUCGUUUGUUCUGUUGUUUAA